GGGAACUCCAGUCACCGGCGACAAGUCAGUCGCGCCUCACCGUUGCCUUGCUCCGCUCGCCGACUCACUUCGCGCGGCCAUGAAGCGCGCCCGACGCGCCCAAUUCCCGUUUCCCGCUCCCGAAAGCUUAAGCCCCGUCGAUGUCUCCGCGAUUGUCAUGGAGCGAGAUUGUCAUCCGACCCGCCGUGGUCGCCGUCAUAGUUGCCAUCGUCCUUAUCAUCAUUCGCCUCACUCCGUUCCCGGAUAUCAAUAAUACGCAUGCCAACUGUGAUAGACCGUGCCACGAAUUAGAAUGGCCAAUGAUAUGUCGCUUCCAAUUCAUCAUUGAAUCUCGAAGGUCCUUAACUCGAAAAUCGUGUGACCAUUGCUGGAAGAAUGCCUCUGACUGCGCAGGAAAGAAAUAUUGUUUCAUCGGCGAUGGAUCGGACAGACGCAUCUUCACAGUCAACAGACUGUUUCCUGGUCCCAGCUUGCACGUAUGCGAGAACGACAUCCUGGUCGUGGAGGUGGUGAACCGACUCGUAGGGCACAGUGUGACCCUGCACUGGCGUGGCCAGCCCCUGCAGGAGACCCCAGCAAUGGAUGGCGUCCCCAUGGUGACCCAAUGCCCGGUGUCCCCGCAUACCACUUUUCAGUACAAGUUACGAGCCUCCCAGCCUGGGACCCACUUUUGGCAGGCCAUGACAGGUGACACCGAGAUGGACGACCUUUUUGGAGCACUGAUCGUCCGCCGGUCAGCGAAGUUGGAACCUCACAGGACCCUUUACGAUGAGGAUAAUCAUGAGCAUCUCAUAUAUUUGAGUGAGUGGACCUCGCGAAGUGGCCAAUCAACCCUCCUCAUCAAUGGAAUGAGCGCCGGAAAGGAAGGCAACUUUUUCCCGCUGCAGACGUACAACGUUACCAAAGGAAAACGUUAUCGAUUCCGAGUAGCAUACACCACAAGUCACUCAGGGUGCCCUGUGUCAGCACAAAUUUCAUCGCAUAGCCUCCUGAUCUUGGCCCUGGAUGGACAACCUACAGAACCGAAGAAAGUGGAUUCCAUUCAUCUGGUGCCAGGAGAACGGAUUGAUUUUGUACUGAGUGCUGAUCAAGCCAUCAACAGGUAUACGAUUCGGUUUAAAACUUCUGACUGGUGUUCGGAUUUGAACGUGGAGAACUUUGCGAUACUCAUGUACAACAGCUCUCAUCCCUCAUCAAAAAUUAUAACGAAGGCAUCUCAAAGCACGGUAUUGACAACAGUGCAAGAUACUGGUUGUGGUGGUCAUGUCACACAUUGUUUGUCGAAUUUAAAGUCUCUAGAAAAAUUGCCCGAUAAAUUGAGUGGAGGAAAAACUGACGUCAGUUUGACCUUUGAACUGCAAGAACGGAACUACUCCGGAGAUCAGACUUUCGAGUUCGAUGAGCUUGAUUUACGACAGGGCAGGUCCUUAAACGGAAUCACAUUCACAUUUCCUUCCUCGCCAUUGCUUCUCAGACCAAGUGACGACUCCCUUGAUGAGAAUCCGGACUGCAAUGACCAAAAAAUGCCAGCAACUUGUGUCUCCGAGGAAAUUUCUAAUUUCUGCGGAUGCACCCAUAUUAUCUCCAUUCCUCUGAUGGCCUCGGUCCAGAUUAUCAUAUUGAAUCCAGGAGCAAAUCAUCUCAGCAGUGAAAAAUCCAAUCCAAACUUCUUUUUCCAUCUACACGGUCAACAUUUUUACCUGAUUCAACGUCGUGAGCUAGCGGAAUUUGCUAAUUUAUCCGAGAGCCACCUCAGAUCAACCAAUCCGAACAUUACGAAUUCUGUGCUGAAAGAUACAAUCAGCAUUCCCCCAAAAAGCUUCACCAUACUGAGGUUCAUCGCCAGUAAUCCAGGAUACUGGUUUUUUCACGAAGGAAGAUCUCAGCUAUGGUCGAGAGGCAUGGCGGUUGUCUUGAAAGUAGGUCAACGGGAUGAUUUCCCGGAUGUUCCAGAAACCUUCCCAUCAUGUGGCAAUUGGAUUGGCCCUGAAUUCUUUCUGGCGUAAACCAUAGGCAUAAUCAACUUUGCAAGGAGUUAUUUUCCCAGAAGACUGAUCUCACUCCUGUCUCACACAGACGUUCAUUCUAACAAAGUUCGAACAAAGUCUAACAAAGCGGUUUCUUAAAAGUGAUAUUUGAAAAACCGUAAAGGUGUGCGUAUCUGUAUGAUGUAUAUAUUAAGUAAAAACUGCCAAUAAAUGUUGUUCCUAAUAAUA